UCCAAUAGUUUUCAAAGGUAUCUCUAACAAAACCAUACUCAGAAUCAGAACAAGUAAAAGAACUAAAAGGGUUUAUAAUUUGAAGAAAACAUGGUACUUGAAAACUCCUCUAAUCGCAAAUCUCAUCAUCACCGCAACUCGAUGAAAGAGUUCCGAGUUUCCUAUGCAGCUGAAGAGCCAAAACAGGUCUUGGAGUGUGUGGAUAUGAGGAGGACAAAAAGCGAGAAGGUGAGUAGGAGAAAGGCUACAAAAGAAGAUAAUGUUGACAAGGAAGCAGAGGCAUUCAUCAAGUUUGAGCAUAGCAAGUGGAUGAGUGAGAGCAGCUAGCUAGUCCAUGGACUAUGUGUAAGAAACAAUAAGGACAUACCAUAUAUCAUAUAUUAUAUAUAUAUAUACUGUAUUAAAUGAUUCAUGUAUAUUGUGCUCGACUUCUUUUUUUUUUGUCUUGGUGUGCAACCAUCUUCUUGUUUUUAUUUUGGUUAUUGUAACAAAACUGGAUGUUGUUUCCUUUAAGCUAAAAGGCGCAUGGAAUAAACCAUUACAUACUAUUAAUUGGUA